AUGGCAGAAAUAAUGAAAGAUGACGAUACUGACAUGGAGACUGACGUUACUGACCCCAUAAUGGAACGCAAAUUACUUGGCCCAGAGGAUGACAACAUUAACCCUAACACUUACACUAACAAUGAGACGCAAAAUUACUCUGAUUCGACUGGACUGGAAGGCCUUACCCAAAAAACACCGGAGAUAACCUACAAACAUUCCCCUUCUAAUGCUCUUAAUAAUAAUAACCUAGACACUAACCGGAUCAGAGACAUCAUUAACA